AUGAAAACAAAAAAAUUAAUUGAUAAUAUCAAAUUAGGAAGUAAUAAUAAAAAUAAUAAUAAUAAUGGUAGUGAAAUUAUAAUACCAUGGAAUAGUAUAUUAAUGUGUGAAGAAUUUAAUAGAGAAGAAAAUCACAUUGAUAGUACUAAAUCAAUUUCAAUUUCAUGUUGGAUUUAUAUGAUACCAAAUGAAGAUGACAAUAGAGAUGAUAAUAAUAGAGUAAAUAGAAUAUUUUCACAAUUACAAAAUAAUAAUAUUGAUACAGGUAUUUUCUUUGGUAAUCAGUCAUUUGAUAAAAGAUUAUACAAUGAUUCAACAACAACAAAUAGAACUUCAAUUCAUUCAAUUUAUCAUACAAGUAAAGAUGAAUUAAAAUAUUUUCAUUGGGAAUUUUUAAUUUUUAAAUUAAAUUUUAAUGAUAGUGGAACACAAUUAAUAUCAACUGAAAUUUAUUUAAAUUGUAAAAUUUAUAAACAGACAAAUUAUUGUGAAAAGAAUAACAAUCAUAGUAAUUUAAAUAAUGAAAAUAAUAAUACAAUCAAUGAAACAUAUGAAUCACCAAUUAAUAUAUCUAAAUCACCAUUAAUUAUAGGAAGUAAAGAUUUAUCAAAUGAAAUGAUUUUAUCAGAUUUAACAAUUCAUUUAAAUGAUAGACAUGAUAUAUUAUCAACAAUAUUUCAAAAUAAUUCAAUAUUAAAACAACCAAGCUAUCCACCAAAUAUUCAAAAUAAAUCAUUAUUAGGUAAUUCUUUUAUUUCAACUAUUAAACCUUUAAAUUCAAUAUUAGAAUUAUUAAAUUGGAAAUCAACAAUUAAUCCACAACAACAAAUACAACACCAACAACAACAACAACAACAACAACAACAACAAAAUUAUAAUGAUUUAAUAAAUAUUUCAACAAUAAAAUUAAAUAAAAGAAUUAAAAAAUCAAAUAAUAUUACGAAAAGAAUUCAUUGUCAUGAUAUGAUGAAUGGUUACCAAAUUGAUAAAUAUUGUCAAGGUAUUUAUGAAGGAAUUAAUGAUAGGAAAACAUUAUGGUCAAGUGAAUUUUAUAAUUUCUAUCAUUGGAAUUUAAUUGAUACUUUUAUUUAUUUCUCACAUCAUAGAAUUUCAAUACCACCAGUUGGUUGGAUCAAUUCAGCUCAUAAAAAUGGUGUAAAAGUUUUAGGUACAAUCAUAUUGGAAUGGGAUCAAUCCCUAUCAGAUUGUUAUUUAUUGGUUGACGGUAUUCAAGAAGAUGUUAAUCACUUUAUAAAUAAAUUAAUUGAAAUUUCAAAUCAUUUUAAAUUUGAUGGUUGGUUUUUAAAUUUAGAAACAUCACUAUUAGAUCAUCCAUCAUAUGUUGAAAAAUAUAUUUCAUUUUUAAAAAAUUUUACAAAUUCAAUUCAUAAAAAUUCAAUAAUUAUUGGUGGUGGUAGUAGUGAUAGUGGUAGUGUUGGUGGUGAUAUUCAUGAAGAUAAUGAUGAAAAACCAUUAAUUAUUUGGUAUGAUAGUGUUACUUCAAAUGGUGAACUAAAUUGGCAGAAUGAAUUAAAUGAAAAGAAUUAUAGAUUUUUUGAAAAUUGUGAUGGGAUUUUCUUAAAUUAUUGUUGGAAUAAAGAUAAUUUAAAAAAUUCUUUCAAUAUAAUUUCAAAUCUUAAUAAUAAUAAAGAUGAUUGUAAUGAUGAAGAAAUAAAUGAAAAAUGUAAAAAUGUUUAUGUUGGUACAGAUUGUUGGGGAAGAGGUACAUUUGGUGGUGGCAAAUUUAAUUCAUGGAUAGGUUUGAAAGAAGCAGAUUUAAAUCAAUUAUCAAGUGCAAUAUUUGCACCAGCUUGGACUUAUGAAGAUGCAAACUCAUCAAGUAAAAUGGUAAUUGAAAGGGAGAAAUCAUUUUGGUUAGGUAGUUUAGUUCAAAAUUUAGUUGAAAAUGGUUCGGCUGAAUAUGGUAAUUUUUCAACUUGGUCUCCAAUUUUUAAUACUACCACUAAUACUAAUAAUAAUAAUAAUAAUAAUAAUAGAUAUCAUUGGGUUAUUGAUAAUAAUGGUUUAUUAAAUGGUAAUGGUAAAUCAUUUAAAUCUAUUAAAUCAUCUAGAUAUGAUUCGAAAUUCUUUUCAAUAUUUAAAAAGAGAAUUGAUUUAUUUAAUAUUAGUAAAAAUGAUAAUAAUAAUAAUAAUAAUAAUAAUAGAAUAUUAAUGUUUACAAAAGAAAUAUUGGAUAAAUUACCAAUGAUUGAAUUUGAAUUUUAUUAUAAAUCAACAUCAUCAAUCAAUCAAACUGAUAGUAAUAAUUAUCCAGUUAAUUUAAUAAUGUUGGAUGAAAAUUUAACGGUUUUAAAAGAAUUUAAUACACAAUGUUUAUCAAAAGUUAGAAAUGAAUGGAAAAAAUAUAAAUUAACAAUUAGAGAAUAUCCAAUUGGUAUUAGAUUCAUUGAUAUCAUUAUUAAUAAUACUUCUGAUAAUGAUGAAAUUUCAAUAUCUGGUAUAAAUUUACAAAUUAUUGCAAAACCAAUUUAUAAAUCUAAACAACAACAAAAAACAACAACAACAUUAAAUAGUGAUGACGAUCAUGAUGAUGAUAAUAAUAAUAAUAAUAACUAUAAUUCAAUUAGAUCAGUUACAGAUGAAAGAAUUUCAAUUCAUUCAUUACCAUUUUCAAGUUGUUUUAAUAGAGGUAAAGGAAAGAAAUAUUGGAUAAAUGGUAAAAUCGUAUCAAAUUCUAAAUGGUUCAAUUUAUCUGAUCAAGAUAUUAUUGGUUGUGAAGAAGAUUAUAGAUAUCAAAUUGGUUCAAAAUUAAUUUUAUCAACCACUUCAUAUAGUGUUUCAUUUAAUGGUGGUUCUUCUUUAAAUAUAAAGGGUAAAUUAGAAACAAUUUCAAAUAUUGGUAAUAAUCAAUUUAAACAUUAUUCUAUCAAUAAUAAUAAUAAUAAUAAUAAUGAUGAUGAUGAUGAUAAAUAUUCAAUUUCAACAUUAUUUAAAACUGAUAUUAAAUUAAAAGAAAAACAAUUAUUAAUAUCAUAUACAUGGAGUGUAAAAUCAAUACCAAAGAUUCAAUUAUCAGAACAAAUUAGUAAACUAUGUUUGAUAUUGGUAUUUAGUGAUAAUGAAGAAAAGAAUAUAAAGAAUAUCAUUUUACAUCCAAGUACAUUGGGUAACAGUAUUGAUAAUAAACAACAAAUAUUUCCAUUCAAUAUUAAUACUGCAACAAAUAAUCAAAAUGAAUAUAUAAUUUAUGAAUCUGAUCAAGAUGAAAUUAUAAAUGCUCAUUUAGAUUGGUAUCAAUCUAAAUUUUGUUUAAAUAUUGAUGAUUUCAUAUUUAAUAAUACCAACAAAAAUAAUAAUAUUAUAAAAUUAAAAGAAAUUAAAUCAUUUAGUUAUAAUUUCAAAUCUAAUAGUAUUGAUAGAAAUUCUAUACCAAAUCCAAAUUCAAAUCCAAAUUCAAAUAAUCAAGAUAAAAAGAUAGAUUCAAAGGAUGACAACAGUAUUACAAGUGAUGGUAAUAAUAAAAAAGAUAAAUUGGAUCAAUAUAAUGUUUAUAUUGGUGAAGUUACAUUGGAUACUAUUUCUUGUGAUCAUCAUACAAUUGCAAAUAAUAAUAACUCCUCCUCCUCUUUAGUUGAAAUCAAGUCGUGUAAUAUCGAUAAAGUAUGGAAUAUUAAUAGUUUAUCUGGUGGUGGUGGUAGUGAUCAAUAUGAUAUCAUAUUAAAUUGGAUAUAUGAAAUUAAAAAGAAUAUUCAAAAUGGUGACAAUCAUGAUGAAGAUGGUGAUAAUAUAAUCAAAUGCACAAAUAUUUAUUUAGAUGAAAAAUGGGUUGGAAGAUCUUACAAUAAUAAUUACUAUAUUAUAAAAUCAAAAGAAAUCUCACAAAAUUCUUUCAUUACAAUAGAAUUUAUCAAUCAUUUGAAUAAUUUAAUUUAUUCAAAAAAUUUUAAUUUAUUUGAUUAA